AUGGAGAGAAGUGUGUGGCCUGAUGAGCAGCACCUGCAACAGCAGCUGCAGCAGCAGCUGCAGCAGCAGCUGCAGCAGCAGCAACAGCCGACCCACGACCCUGAAGCAGCAGCAGACACGCCCGCGCUCCGCAUUCGAGUCUCCGAGCAGCUGCUUGUGCUGCUGCUGCAGCUAGAGAGACAGCCGAAGCUCUUUGCUUCGUCUUAUCUCCCGAGCGAGCAGCACCUGUUGGCUCAGCAGCAGGAUGAGCUGCUGCAGCCGCUGCAGCAGCAGGUGCUGCUGCUGCUGAUGCAGUGCAGCUCGCAGCGAGCAGCAGCGGCAGCAGCAGUAGCAGGCCAUGCAGCAGACCAGUCAGCAGCAGCAGCCGCAACAGCAGCAGCAGGGAAUACUUUGACGGCCCUUCUCUUAAAGGCCCACCAGUGUCUCGCUCAGCUGCUGACGAAGCAGCAGCAGCAGCUGCUGCUGCAGUCGCAGCAGCAGCAGCAGCAGCAACAGCAGCAGCAGCAAACAGACGAGCCACAUAUUUCCUUCACCGUCACUGCUGACCCUGCAGCAGCAGCAGCAAAAGACAGCAGCAGCAGCAGCAGCAAGCUGCUAACAAACGAGUUUGAAACGACGUCGCUUUGCUGCUUGCUGCAGCGCAUUCGCCCCCCAGGAGCUAGCAGCGAAACACUGCUGGAGACGCUGCAAGGCACUGGAUCUUCUGCGUUGCGAGAGCCAGCAGCAGCAGCAGCAGCUGCUGCUGCUGCUGCUGCUGCUUCUCGCGAGCAGCUGCUGCCUUUCGACGUCAUGCUGCUCAUAGAGCCGCGCUGCUGGCAGCAGCAGCAGCAGCAGCAGCAGCAAGGGUCUGUUGCCUCGGGCGGCCAUUCCUUCUCGCUGCCUCCGGGCCUCAUCCGCGUGGUCCCUGCCGCAGCAGCAGCAGCAAGAGCAGCAGCAGCAACAGCAGCAGCAGCAGCGCCAGAGACUCCCCCGUCAGCCCGUUCCCCGCGGGGAAAGCACAAAAAAAGCAAGGCCGCCGCAGACCCCCAGCAGCAGCAGCAGCAGCAGCAGCAGCAGCAGCAGCAGCAGCGGGCGUGCCUGGAGCUGCGCCUCGACGUGGACGUGCUGCGCUUUUGCUGCGAGUCGAGGGGCCGUUUCGAUGCUUAUCUUCUCGCGCUGCUGGCUUCUCUCAUUCUUGACGGGACGGAGUUGCUGCAGCAGCAGCAGCAGCAGCAGCAGCAGCAGCAGCAGCAGCAGGCGCUGCGGCGGUGCCUGCAGGAAGUGCCGAACGUCUUCCAAGUGCCUUCGUUCAUGCUCGGCAGCAGACUGAUGGCGAGGCGGCGGGGCCAGCACGGGCUGAGGGUUUGGAACGCCUGCGGGCUGUCUCCUUUUUUCUGUCAAAAUAAACUUCGGUGGUUUACGGCGCUGCUCACCUCUGCAACAAGAGAAGCUGUCAAGGAUACGCUGAUGGACUUGGCUGGGGACGUGUGGCACAGCGCCUUCUUGCCAGAGGCCUCUCCCGACAGCAGCAGCCACAGCUGCAGCUGUGGGAACUCGUGCUGCUGCAACAGCAGCAGCAGCAGCAGCAGCAGCGCGAGGCUGGAGCAGCUGCUGGUGGCGCUGCUCGGCAGCAGCGAAGAGACAGUUAGAAUGGAGGCAGUCAAACUUUUAAACGCUUUCUACGACAGGCACGACUGGCAGCUGCGGCGUCCGCUGGACCCAGUAGUGCGUGCGGUGGGUGAGCGCUUCGUGAUAGAAGUGCUGAUAGAAGUCGACAGCAGCAGCAGCAGCAGCAGCAGCAGCAGCAGCAGCAGCAGCGGGCCUGAAGACAUCUUUUUGGUGCUGGUGGCCCCCUCGUUUAACCGCGCAUGCAAAACGGGGGUUUACUCUUACCACGCGCUGCAGUGGGAAAGGCCCAUAGAGAGUAAAGAGCAGCAGCAGCAGCUGCAGCAGCAGUUGAAGAACCAGAAGGAGGAGCAGCUGCUGCUGCGCAGGGCUGCCAGCUUCAGGUCUCUCGACAAAACCCCCGUUUUUGCUGCUGGCGUUGCUGCUGCGCCUCCCGCUGCUGCUGCGGCUGCGGAAGACGCAGCAGCAGCAGCAGCAGCAGAGACCCGCAGCCCUUACUCAGACACCACCCUCUCCCCCGCAGCCGCCCUGACUCACCAGCAGCAGCAGCAGCAGCAGCAGCAGCAGCGGCAGCAGCGGCAGCAGCAGCAGCAGCAGCAGCAGCCUAAGAAGAGCAGCACCUUGUGGCUCGGCCGCGUUGACUUUGGAGUGUUCACUCGCUGCGGCUUUUAUGACUGGAGGAUCUGCAGGGCCAACGAGAAAGAGGGAACUUGGUCCGUCGUCGAGAGCGCCGGCAGGAGACAAGCAGCAGCAGCAGCAGCUGCUGCUGCUGCUGCUGCCAGCACUGCUGGCAAGAGGGGCCGCACUGCAGCAGCAGCAACACAAGCGCUGCGGCAGCGGCAGCAGCAGCAGCGGCUGCAGCCGGGAGCUGGUGUGGACGAGUGCUACCCUCUCCAAGGGCGCGUCAUUGUUCUACCGGAGGGCUACAGAGAACUUCAGCCGCACGAGAUUUUCGUUGACCAGCACGAGGCGCAGUGGCACGAAGAAACAG